AUGGUGGAAGGGUGUGGGUCGAAGAAGAAGAGGGAGAUGAGAGUGGAUCUCAUCAUAUGGGAGACGCUGGAGGAGAGCCCUCUGCUCGUGCUGCCCUGCCAGCAUGCUUUCACCGUUGAGUCCCUUGACAACUACCUCGGGCUUAGCCAGGUCUACCAGGAGUCUAAAGGCAAUUCUGGUGGCUGCAGUGCGGUUGGAGGCGAUACGGAGGCAUCGGCAGGCAAGUGGGUGGUGGUGCGGCCGUUUGAGAGCAGUCUAUCCGCCCUCAAGCGCUGCCCGGACUCCGCCAGCCAAUCACAGAGCUGCGACGUUGUUCCCUCGAGGCAGCUAGAGGAGCUGGGUCGGGCUGCGAGCUUCCUGGUGGAGGAGGCAAGCAAUGUGCGAGGCACUGCAUUGGAUCCGCCCACCCAGCAGACUGUGAAGAAUGAGGAAUGA